AUGAGCUCCGCCACGAGCUCUUCCACCGCCGCAUGGCCACCCAAGCGCCCUUCUCAGCGAAUGAAACUGAGAAACGGCACCUUUAUUAUCCCCCGAACCGGCGAACGUUCGCGACAAGAAUUCUCGCUGCGCACCUCGACCAACGCGACUACUAAUAGCGACAACUCCAACGAUGCUUCUGGUUAUCACUCUUUCGACACGGCCGAAUCGAACAAAGACCGUCUGCGCAUCGUAUUUCACAACAUCAAGGUCGCCUUUGUCCUACUAUGGGCAUGGCUAAACACAGACGAGGGCCAUGGAGUCCUCAAGUGUGUACUCGCCUAUGUGCUCGGUAGCAUGGGCACCUUUCUGACGCCUCUCUCCAACUUUCUGGGAAACAGAGACGGAAAACAUGUUACAGCUACCAUCACCGUCUACUUCCACCCUGCUCGAACCUUUGGGUCCAUGCUCGAGGCUACCUUGAUCGCCUUUGUCGCCGUCUUCUACGCAGAAGUGAUAUCGUUGUUAUCGAUGGGCAUAGCCAUUGCCAUGAAGACCCAGUUCGGCCUGACCGCUACUGCCCAUGCCCUCGUCCUGAUUAUUUGCAUUGGAGGAGGUCUGGGCUUUGUCGGUUGGGUCAAGCAAAGGCUUAACAGUCCCUUGGUCAACGUCGGCUGCACCUUGACCUCGAUUGCUAUCAUCUCCGUCAUCACAAAAGAAGAGGGUGUUCAUGGUGGUUAUUUUGACGAUGACAAAAUUGUUCAAGUGCUGAAGAUGCUUGUCAUCGGCGUGACCUGCACCUUGGCAGUCAACGUGUUAGUCUGGAAGGUCUCGGCGCGACGUGUGCUUCGAAAGUCCAUCAUGUCCGCCACUACGGCCCUUGGCGACAAACUCUCGACCAUCACAAAGGGUUUCCUCAGUGGCACUGAGGAUGAGCUCUGGUCAGCAGAGUACGGUCGUGUCUCAGCCAGGUAUAACACUGCCUACGCCAAGAUGAACUCGACACUCCGAGAAGCCAAGUUUGAACACUACUUUCUGGGCCGCGAAUCUGUCUAUCCACUUGACAGACGGUUGGCCAGAUCCAUCGAUACCUUGUCGCAGGCGAUUGGAGGAUUGCGGAGUGCACUGGAAACCCAGUUCGUCUUGCUUAGAGAGGUUCCGAUUUUGGAAAACCAGCCCCUUGCGUCCCCAACUGGCUUCUCGCCAACUUUAACUCGUGCUAUAUCUGACUUCAUGGAUGAAGCCAGGGAGCGACUGGCCGUCAUCGAUGAGUCCGGCGAGAGUGAGGAGGAGCGUCAGGCCAACAACAGAAACAAGUCAGACAGUGCCCUUGAUACUACGACUACUUUCCAAGUGCCCUCCGACAUUUUUGCCCUCUUCAUCGACAUGCUUGGUCCUUCGAUCAAGUCUCUGGCGCAUACUCUGUCCGAGAUCCUCCGCGAGCCUGCCUUUGGCAAGGAUCCUAACACGGAUAUUCCUGUCAACGAGCAGUUGAGGGAGAGUCUGCGAGAUGCCCUCAACCUCUAUAAUAAUGCUAGAGCAGAAUCCCUGCAGGAGCUCUACCGCGCCAUUGAGAUGGGGCGAACUCGAUCCGAGAAGAUUCAGGCCGACAUCGAGGAAGUAGCCGCAGCUUGUGGACAUUUCUCAUUCAACUUGCAGGCUGUCGCUGAAGAGACCGACGCCUACCUGGAUGUCCUUGAAGACUUGAAGUACUCUACUGAGACCGGGUCACGGUCUUGGAAUUGGCUCAAGUUUUGGAGAUACUUCAAGUGGGCUAGAGCCUCGGAUAAAGCCCCUGUCGACGACCCUGAACGAGAGAGUCUGAUCCCUAAACCACCAGUCAGGAGACUUCGCAAAUCUCAGCUACCAAAGGGUAUUCCCGAUACAAUGGUUAAGCGCCGUGACACUUUCAACUGGGAUGCUGCUCCUCAAUCUAGUAAGAUUACGAGGAGGCUCGCUCAGAGAAUACUCACGAUUUCACGGUUCCUCGUGAGAGAGGACAUUCUGUUUGGUCUCAAGGUUGGCAUUGGAGCACUGCUCUGGGCCAUGCUCGCUUUUAUUCCCUCGACACGACCCAUCUAUCAACGAUGGCGAGGUGAAUGGGGUCUCCUGUCCUUCAUGAUUGUCGCGGCCAUGACAACUGGAGCGGCAAACACGACAGGAACUGCCAGAUUCAAGGGAACGCUCAUUGGUGCUACGUUUGCUAUAACUGCUUGGACCGUCAGUCGAGGAAAUGCCAUUGCCCUAGUGUUCCUGGGUGGCCUUGUGGCGCUAUUCAAUUUCUAUGUGAUUUUGGUGGUCAAGAAGGCUCCCCUGGGUAGAAUUGCCCUGCUGGCAUAUAAUGUCAGCACUCUGUAUGCGUACAGCCUAUCACAGAGUGUUGAUGAUGACGAUGACGACGAAGGAGGCGCUGACCCCUUAAUCUGGGACAUCGCCUUUCAUCGAGUCAUCUCAGUCUUUCUGUUCUGUAUCUACAGAUGGGUCUCAUUUGGAAGCGUGGCCCUCUCACCGUCUCGCUUCACAGUAACAACACACUCGACUACAUGCGCGAGGGUGAGCAGGCCGCUCUUCAGCGGUAUGGUAAGUGUAUUUUCCCUCUCGCCCCUAGAUAUUAAUACUGACUCUGUUUCAGCUUUCAAACUGGAAAGUCUCCGUUCCUCUGCGAAAUCUGAAUUUGAGCUUCGCGGACCUUUCCCAGAUGCAGCUUAUGGCCGCAUCAUGCGAUCUACGAGAAACAUGCUCAAUGGUUUCUACGCGAUGCGUCUUAUCACUUCAAAACGAAGUAGCCUUUCCGACGGUGAAAGAGCUCUACUCGAGUUCACAGCCUCGGAGAGAAUGCUUCUCUGUGAACGCAUCUGCCACGUCUUCCAGGUCAUCGCCUCGUGCCUGAUGCUGGAGUAUCCGCUGACCGACGCCAUCCCAACUGUCGAAAAUAACAAGGAUCGGCUCUUGGGGAAGAUCUACCAGUUCCGAAAGGAGCACAUGGGGGUGGAUCUCUUGGGCAACGAGUCACCGGUCGCACUUGAGGAGAGUGACUAUGCGCUGCUGUAUGCGUACACACUGGUGACGCUGCAGGUGGCGGCCGAGCUCAACAAGGUGAGGGCUGAGAUUGAGGGUUUGUAUGGUGUCUUGCACGAGGAGUCUUUGCUGUUGCAGUGA